AUGCUGGCGACUCUUCCGGAUUUUACCCCCCGGGAUUCGCACUCGCUCUGGUACACGACAUCGAGAAGCACGUCGCAACCCCACGAACCGCACGACACGCAUCAUGGCGACCCCUCAAAUCACAACCACGGACCAGGCAACCCUCGAUCCCGCGGCCAUGUUGUGGAGCGGACCGCCCUCGCUCUGCUCGCGGCUGACGAGCAAUACAUGCAUCGGCGCCGGGUCAAUGUUCAGAAUUUCGGAAGCAGCUGGCUGCGCCCACUAGGCAUACCCAAGACGCUGCACCAGAUGCGGGAGGAAAAGCGCGAGCAAGAAGAGCACCAGGAGGCUCUCCGACGGGAGCAGCUCGCCCAAGAACUAGCCGAGGCAGAAGGAGCAGGCAUGCCGGAGGAGGGCAUGAUGGACGACGUGCAACUUGACGGCGCGCAAGACCUCGACGACGAAAUACCCGACGCGGAUGCCGACGACCCUUUCGCCAUGGGGGAUGGGUCCGAUGAAGAAGCCGACGAGGAGCAGGCCUCGCCGGGAGACGGUUCCGAAUUCGACCACGAGGUGCUCCGCCAAGAGCGGCAAAACGACCUCAUGGCUGCGCGGAUGCGGAUGACGGACGACGCGUUCAGGGAAGCUCUGGUCCGAGGAGACCCCGACGUCGACGAAAUGUACGGUGGCGAGGAGGAGAUUGAAGAGGAGCACCAAGGCCACAUGCUCGAUGAGGACGACUUUGCUCACGGCGGCUUGGACAACGGGCUGGACAUGGAUGCCAAUCUGGACGACGACGUUCCCGAGGCAGAGAGUGGAUUAUACGAGCAUACCGAUUCGGAAGCGGAACUGAGCAGCAGCCAGGACGGCGGGGACGAUGGCCAUGACGAUCAGGACGCAGGAUUUGUCCGCAGAGCAGCGGAUCUGGGUCCCCCGCAAAGUCCUAUCCUGCGCGUGAGAAGAGUGUCGGGUCCGAGGGACAGUCUGGACCUGAGCACCCUGCUGAGUCAUGAUGAGAGCAGCUUUAUGGACAGUAGUCCUGCGCAGAGGAAGGCACGAUGA